AUGAGCCUUGCUGUGAUAUUCCUCAACGGCUUAGUUGUCUGUCGCAUGUAUCGAGAACGCGAGGGUUUUCAUAAAAUUUGCAUCAACAAAGCUAUCGCUAACAUUUUCAUUGCUUUAGCAUUUUUAGUGUGGGCCGCACCAUGCUCUUACUUUCAAAAAAUGUCUCACUGGUUCCAUCGAAAUCCUAUAAAGCCUACGGAAUUCGUCAAGUUUGAGCUGAAAGGAGUGCUGACCACAGACACUUGCUCCAAGAUUUGCGGUGAGCUCCGUUUGCGUCGUGAUAAAUUGGUUGGGCAGUUCAAAAAUGCGUCGAACGAUCUGGAUGAAGUCACUAAGGAAUUCAAUGAAUACUUGCGUCUUUUUGCUGGAUUUUUGAUUGAGAUUCAAUCAUCGGUUGCAGAUUUGGAAAACAAGGAUGCUGGAAACAAGAACAGCAAGCUCAUCCCCCUAAUUCGCUUCAAAUGGGGCAACUCAAUGCUCCCGCAAACCGCCACCGAAGUCUCUGAUACCUGGUUCGAAGCACUCAGCAUGAUUCAAUGCAUGGCUAUGUGGCUCACAAAACACGCGGCUUCAAUGGCUGGAAAGGACGAAGUCAGAGAGUCAGAUGCUAAAGAAUGUCUUCAGUGUUUGAGACAAGCCGGUGGAAUGUUCCAGUACGUCAAGGAAGAAUCAGCGAGACUGUCAGGUGCCAAUGAAGUUGAAGGAUCGGAUUUUGACCCGAAAGUUAUGGAGACUUAUAUUCUGACAGCCACCGCGGAAGCCCAGGAAGUGAUAGUUGCAAGAGCCAUUGAGAUGAAACAUGACGAUGGAUUAAUAUCCUCCCUCUCCGCAGUCACUGCUUCAAUUUUCUCUAAAGCCGAACAAAGCCUGAACAAUCUUCCAGAUGAUCAAUUUGCAAGAUGGAGAAGAUAUCUUCAACUCAAACAUCAUUUCUACCUGGCUUACGCUUAUGCCUUCCUCGGACAGAAACAGUUAUCAGAGGACAAAUGCGGAGAAGCUGUGAGAGCUUGUAAGCAAGGAAAAGCUGAAUAUGAGAUUGCCAAGGAGAUGGCAGCGAUGUAUGCCACGGCUACCGGUCCAGGAACAAGAAUCAAACCCGAGCAACAUCUAUUCUUCCGAAGAAUCGAGCCACUUUUGAAUCGUCAUCUGGAGAAGGCAGAGCGAGAGAAUGGAUUUAUCUACCAUCAAAAGGUUCCAGAUGAGAUCCCACAGCUGGAUGUAGAAGCCACUUACGGAUUAGCCAAGUUGGAUUCGUUUAAAUAUCCGCCACCAGCCGAGAUGUGGAACACUGCCGUCUAUUCCGCUUUUGAUUUGACUAAAGCAAACAUGCCAGAUUUUACCAAGAUUAAGAAGAGCAAAUCAAAACUCGACCCAGUCCACGAGGAAAAAAUCUACCAGACAGAGAAGGAUCCGAGUAAUUCCAGUGGA